AAUAGAAACUUCUUCAUACACAAUGGCAGCCGUCAGCGCAACUCCAGCAGCCACCAACGGUGCAAGCUCAUCCAAACAAUACGGUCAAGCUAUCGACCGUAUCACUCAAGUCCCAAUUGUUGCUCAAAGUCUCAACUUUGCUCAAUCAACAAUUGAAUCUCACUCUUUCUUGGCUCAACCUUAUCAUUUCGGUGAAAGUGUUGUCUCAUCCUCCCUCAAAGCUGCUGAACCAGUUACAACUCGUUUGCAACCUCAAUUGGCUUUCUUGGAUGCUUACGCCGUAAAGGGUUUGGACUUUGCUGAAUCAAAAUUCCCAUACCCAUUCCAUGCAACAACUGAAAAGGUCGUCUCUGAUGCUCGUCAACCUGCUGAUCAAGCCGUUGCUUUCGUCCAUGCUUACUUGGCAGCAGCACAAAAGGCAUACGAUGAACGUGUCUUUGCACCUGCCAAAUCUUUGUACAACGCUCGUGUUGCACCUGCUUACGAUUCAGCAAAUGCUCAUUUCCAAGAACUCAAGAACCAAAACGCAUACUUGGCUCGUGCUACAGAGAUCGUGAGCAACUUGCAAACAAACUUGGCAAAGACAAUUGAUUCCAUCAGCUCUCGCUCCAAGGCCGAAGGAGAAGCAGGCAUUCACCGUGCUCAAGGAUUGUCCAAUGCAAUCUUUGCUGAAUUGGAACGUGUUCGUGGAUUUGCAUCUAGCUUGCCAGCUGAGAGCCGUAAACGUGUUAGCCCAGUGAUUGAAUCCUUCAACGAUGCUUACGAAACAUUGGCAAAGGAAACCCGUGACACAUCUAUCCCACCAAUUCAACGUUUCAAGAAUGUUUUGACAUACGUCCGUGAACAAUCUUUGCCCGCUUUGCAAAAGGCUAUCGUCAACCCAUCUGCUGCACCACAAGCCAACGGUAACGGAUCAGCAGUUGCACCAAAGAAGUAAAGGUUCUCAUAGCCUUUUCUUUGGCAAUUCUUGACGAUCGAUCGGAUAUGAUUCAAGUCCUCUAGUCCUCUUCAUACCCACCACGUUGCAACGUGGACCAGAGGCUGGUAACGUAUUCAAAAGAAGAAAACAACAACAAACGGUGAAAAUCUCAACAAAAGAUCCACAUAUUCCCCUUUUAAUUUUCUUUUCAUGAUCAAAAAUGGCUCGAAAACUCUCAAACUCUCAAUGCUUCUUCAAUCAUAAUUUGUCUUCUUUAUAGAUAUAAUUCCCUCAGAAUCUGCGCAAGUACAUUUUCUUUUAUUUCUUUUCAGAUUAUGUCUUCUUGUCGUUCUUCCUUCUUAUUCCGCAUCCGAUCGUCAUGCCAUUGUUUUCUCAUUUUUAUCUCUUCUUUUCCUCUGAUUUACCCGAUCAAUCUAUUUGUGUACCUUACUACUAUAAUCACAUCUCGAAAUAUCAUCUCUUGACUUUCA